GAAGCAAGCUUCAGUAGUGGGCCUUCUCCCCCUAAAAAAAUUAAUUUAAUAUCGUGUGGGCCAUUGGCCCACGUAUCAGAUAUUAAACUGAUAAGAACAGAUACUACACUUGAUCUUAGCCAAAAGGCCGAGAAAGGUAUGAUUUGUGCAGGAGCCAGAGCUUCGUUCUUAUUCCAAGGCCUUAAGCUUUCAUACGUUGGAAUAGGCGAUGUGGUAGCAAGUGUCUUCUUCACAGUAUACAGUUGCCGUUGCACAGAAUCACAGUGUUCAAGUAGAGCGAGGACAAGGUAA